AUGAGUGCUGCUCCCAACCACAGACGGACCAAGCCUGGUGGCGUGAAGACAGGCUAUCCAGGCCAAGCCCCCUCCAACGGUGUUACGGGACCCACUUCCCAGAUCCCCGGGCUGUGCCAGGAAGCCACUGAGGGUGCUCCUGAGGCCAGGACCAGCGGAAGGCGUGUAGGAAUAUUCGACUCCGACUCCGACUAUGUCAAACUUGCCAAAGGAGGGGGACAGAAGGGUUUACUGUGGCAUGAGGACAACAAGGAGGAGAACCCCACAGUCACUGAUGCGUCCAGCCAAAUGGAGAACAUGUCUCUAAGCCAAGGUGGUUAUAUGGAGAUCAACAAAUACAAGAAGACUCAAAGUGAUUUUACUAUGGACAGGUCCAUUGAGAAGAAAACUGUUCCUGUGAGCAUGUCCAAGCUGCUGAGCUUUGGCUACAUAGAGGAUGAGAAGAAGUCCACCAACGAGGAUGACUGCUCAAGGCAGAGAGGGUGGAGGAUGCCAUCUCCAGAGCAGCGGGCAGCGGAGAUGGAGGGGGAAGGGUCUCUGCCGGCCAGAGAGGGACCGAGCGGGCACAGCCAAGCAGACACCAGCACCAACAACCUACUGGCCUCGGUCAAAGAACAGGAGCUCCAGUUUGAGCGUCUGACCCGGGAGCUGGAGGAGGAGCGUCAGAUCGUCGCCAGUCAACUGGAGAGGUGCAUGCUGGGAGCUGAGUCGCCUGCCGAUGAGGAUGAUGCCAGUAGCAGCGACUCAUCAGAGAAGUCCUUUGCUUGGAGAUCCACAGUAGAUGUGUCUGAUACGGGAGAGCACCGGGCUGCUGUAAUGGACAGCUCUCACCAGUCACCCUCCCGUCUCUUCCGAGCUGAUCAGGGUCACGGGUCACUCUACCUCCCCGAAGUGGAGAGGGCAUCCCUGCAUGACAGUGAGGGAUCUGUGGCCCAUAUGACGUCGUAUGCAGACAGUGGCUACCAGGACAGCAGUAUGAGUUACUACAGUGUGAGCAGAGAGAACGUGGUUCUGUCAGAUCCCAGACACGUGCUGUCAGGCAGCGGCCCCAGGGGAAGCCCCAGUCACAGCAGGAGCUCCCGGGCAGAGGGACAGGCCUCCGCACAGGUCUCAGCGUCAGGGCGGGUGAUGAGGAGGAUGGGCUCCCUCUCCUCCCGGGGCCAGUCUCCUGUGUGUGGUGUGGGGGGCGCCGUGUCCCCGUCCCGGGUCUCUCUCCGCACCUCCCAGGGCGGCAGCGCCUACGGCUCACCCAUCCUCACCGAGCCCAAACCCCUCGCCAGCAUCUUCCCUGGGACCACCAUGCCCCCCUCCUCCCUGCCCGGUCCAGGCACCACCCCCUCCUUCCAGCGCGCCACCUCUCCUUACUCCCCCACCCACCAGAGGAACGGGAACGGUGACUCUCCUCUCCGGACCAGCCCCCUUCCAGGGAGCGCCAGUCAUGCCACCUCACCUCAACAGGCGAUGGGUAGUGUCUCCGGGCGCCUGGGGUCUACACUGUCUCUGGUGGAGGGUAGGGGGCUGUCUGGCUCUCCUCUGAGGUCCUGUAUGACGGCUGUGCCCCAGCACUACGGUUCCACACUGCCCCGCCAGGGGGCUCAGGCUCUCCCCUACAUACAUGACGCCUACGGGCUCUACGAGAGGACCGCCCUGCCUCUGUCACGGCCUGACAGCCUCACUGGCCUGCACAGCUCCUACGCCACUCACCACAGCCCACUGGACCAGGAUAUGAGGAUGGCCAUGUCUCCUGACUGCCACGUCACGCCUGUCUACGACGACAGAGCCUUCCAAAGCCCCCUGUAUCACAGCCCCACCCACGCCCACCACGGAUCGCACAGCGCUAUCUACAGGACACUCACGGGUACUCGGACCCUCCAGAGGACCACAAGCCAUUGCAGCACGCUGGCGUACCAAAGAAGCAGCUAUGGGAUGAACACCGCAGGGUCAUACGCUGACCCCUACAGGGUCUCCCAGCAGGGACAGGGGCCCAAUGAGACCUCUUUCUCCAGGCACUCUGGUCUGGUCGACAGGGCUGCCACAAGGUCCCCCUCCAUAGACAGUAUACAAAAGGAUCCUAGGGAGUUUGCGUGGCGUGACCCCGAUCUUCCUGAGGUGAUCCACAUGCUGCAGCAUCACUUCCCCUCAGUCCAGGCCAACGCUGCAGCCUACCUCCAGCACCUGUGUUACGGAGACAACCGCAUCAAAGUGGAGGUAUGUCACCUGGGAGGUAUCCAGCACCUGGUGGACCUGCUGGACCACAAAGCUGUAGAGGUGCAGAAGAGUUCCUGCGGAGCCCUGAGGAACCUGGUUUAUGGCAAGGCUACAGACGACAACAAGGUGGCCCUGAGGAACUCUGGUGGCGUCCCCGCUCUGCUCAGACUGCUGAGGAAGACCACCGACAACGAAGUCCGGGAGCUGGUCACUGGGGUGCUGUGGAACCUGUCGUCGUGCGACGCGGUCAAGAUGACCAUCAUCAGGGACGCUCUGAGCACCCUGACCAACACUGUGGUCAUCCCCCACUCCGGCUGGAGCAGCAGCAACUACCGAGAGGAGACCAAGUUCCACUCCUCUCUCCUGCUGCGCAACACCACCGGCUGCCUCAGGAACCUGAGUUCAGCAGGAGAGGAGGCCAGGGGUCAGCUGAGGUGUUGUGAGGGGCUGGUGGAUUCACUUCUCUAUGUCCUCAAGGCCUGCGUUAGUACCUCUGACUUCGACAGCAAGAUUGUGGAGAACUGUGUGUGUACUCUGAGGAACCUGUCCUACCGUCUGGAGAUAGAGAUGCCCUCAUCUCGCCUGCUGGGAACUCAGGAACUGGAUGCCCUGCUGGGCUACGGGUCCCCCAGUAAGGACCUAGACUACCUCUGCUGGGGCAAGAAGAGGAAGAAGAAGAAAAGGGGCUGGCUGGAUGAUAAGUGGGACGGCGUUGGACCCAUCCCGGGGUUUGGUAAGCCUCCGCGGGGGGCAGAGAUGCUGUGGCACCCGGCCGUGGUGAAGCCCUACCUCAGCCUGCUGGCAGAGAGCUCCAACCCUGCCACCCUGGAGGGCUCUGCUGGAUCCCUUCAGAACCUCUCUGCUGGAAACUGGAAGUUUGCGGCGUACAUCCGUGCGGCGGUGCGCAAGGAGAAGGGGCUUCCUAUCCUGGUGGAGCUGCUGAGGAUGGACAACGACAGGGUGGUCUGCUCUGUGGCCACCGCUCUGAGGAACAUGGCCCUGGACAGCAGGAACAAGGAGCUUAUAGGAAAGUAUGCGAUGCGGGACCUGGUGAACCGUCUCCCUGGAGGAAGCCCCUCCCUGCUAUCUGACGAGACGGUGGCGUCUGUCUGCUGCACGCUCCACGAAGUCACCAGCAGGAACAUGGAGAACGCCAAGGCCCUGGCAGACACGGGGGGCAUCGAGAAGCUGGUGGACAUCAGUAAGGGCAGGGGGAAGGGGUAUUCUAUGAAGGUGGUGAAGGCGGCUGCUCAAGUCCUCAACACGCUGUGGCAGUACAGGGACCUGCGCACCCUCUACAAACAGGACGGAUGGCACCACGGUCAUUUCAUCACUCCUGUGUCCACUCUGGAGAGAGACAGGUACAGGUCUCAACCAACCCUGCCUACUAGCACCUUACAGAUGUCCCCCGUGCCCCGCCAAUCAGGUGGUAGUGCAACCUCCUCUCCUGCCAUGUUAGGGAUCAGAAGACACAGCUCUAACUACCAGAGAGCUCAGUCAUCUAUGCAACUCGAUACAUAUUAUGGAGACAACAGUUUACACAAAAACCAGUACACAGGGUCAGAAAAGCAAACCCCAUAUUUUAUCGGGUCCUAUUCCUCACCAUCAAGAGAGGACUAUCCUAGGUCCCAGCAGGAAGAUGUGUUCUACUCCGACGAGCCGGAUAGGAAUACUUACAACAACUACAGAAUGUAUCUGUCAUCGCCGCAAGGUUACGGGGAGGAGGAGCCUGGGCCUUACCAGGACGAGCCAGAGAACCUGACCUCCACAGAGCGAUACAACACCUCCCAAUCUAACAGACUGAAAUCCAAUACCAACACCACUAACUACGUGGACUUCUACUCCACCACGAGGAGGCCUUCUCAGAAGGCUAACCAGUACACUGGAUCCCCUGACUCCUGGGUGUAG